AUGACGACGGCCUUCAUCGCCGCUGCGCGCGAGUGGCACGCCCUGCUGCGUGACGACGUCCACGCGUCCUUCGCAUCUCGCCACCUCGCCACAUCCAUGCAGCUCGCCGUCGCUCUGCACUGUCGAGACGACGCUGCAGCUGUUUGCGCCGUCGAUGCCGUCUCGUCUGCCGAGCGAGCGACUGUAUUAGCUCUCGCUAUGGUGUUUCGACAACUUAUCGAAGUGGCCGUGCGGGAGCAAAUGACGUUCCUUUUACCUGAAGUAACCGACAGCUCUGAAGUAACAUCAGCUGUAUCGCACCAGCCCGAGCUUACGCGCCAGCAGGCACUCGUCCAGCGCCUGCCCCAAGCUUUCCAGCUGCAGUUCCGACAGCUGCUUCGAGUCCAUUGGCACGUGUUGACGCAAGCAACUCCAGACGCAGCGACGUUCUCCUUGCCACGAAUCAAGCACUUGCACUACAAGUGCGUCGAACCAACAGCAGGGACAGACACGGACAAGAUCGUGCUGCUGCGACUUCAGACGACGGACGGCGCGACGCGGACGAUGCGCGUGCCAAUGCAGCAGUUCCACCAAUUACGCCACAGUGCAGCCACCGUGUUGCAGGAAAUGAACGAGCUGGAGUCGCAUCCGAUGAUGCGGUUGGUUGGUAUGGAGAAGAAGAGCGAUCGGCUAGCGACCAGCGGCCCGUAA